AUGGGCGCUGACAGUCAUGAUCGAUCGGCGGCUCAUUGUAGACGACCCCCGCCGUGCACCCUCCUCUUCGUCGUCACUCCCACCACCACGUCGAAUUGCUUCAUCUCGAAGCAGGUCAGUCACUCCGAGCUGCAAAUUCCCCGUCCUCUCGGGCGUGCGAGCGGACGAGUGGCAUGGUCCAUCACCGUGCCGCAUUUGGGCGAGCACGGCCCCGGCACGCUCGAAUGGCAGAGGCGGUUCCUCGCGAGCACCGAGGGCGUGACGAUCCUGCGCUCAUCAAGCGGGAUCAGGGGUGCGCACACCUUCCACAAGCGUCGAGAGGAGGACCUCGAGUUUGCGGCGGCGGACUCGGCGAAGAAGAGAGCUGCGGGGAAGGUCGGCAUGGCGAAGAGGAAGGCCGACACGAGUCGGUACGACCCCGUCGCUCGGCCAAAAGGGACCAAAAGGACGCCGGGUUUGAAGAGGAACAGGAAGAAGGGGCACUACCCAAAGCAGGUUGAAGCGACGCAUAGAAGAGCCGAAGGGGGGUAUGCCAAGAUCCUGAAGAAGGUGUGUGAGGGCACAACGAAGGUGAGUUUCCCCGGUGACUCGGAGCGAAGGCGAGGUCGAGUUCGGACGCUCAAUUCAUGCUCUAUGUCACUCUUCCUAGCUCAAAGUACACAUCGCACGUUCCCGACAAACUGAAAGGCACGAGAACGCUCUCGAGCCUCACUGA